UUCAUGUAGUCGGUGCUUUGAAUAAAAUUGUUACAGUUCCGGAAUCGUACGGACUGUGCUUGAGUUCUUUGUUUUUGGGCUGAAUUUUCUCUCCGGGCAUAGAGAAAACCAACUUUCUUUCUCGGCGACCAAACGGGCGUUGACGAAGGGAGAUUUGCGCUUGAAGAAGGGAGAUUUUGCAGGCAGUUCGAACGCAUUUUCUCAUGGAUUCUGGCAUUUUCCUCUUGCUUUCUCUCUGCUUCCUCUCUCUCUUGCCUGAUCUCGCGCAUUCUUCUCUUCGAUUACCUGGAUUGCUCGGUGACAAAAAAAUACAUGGAUCGAUGCGCAGAUUGACAUCUGGUGCUUCUUCUUAUGCGUUUGAUCCGGCUCGAGUUACUCAAAUCUCUUGGCAUCCGAGGGCUUUUAUAUAUAAGGGGUUUUUGACUGAUAAGGAGUGUGAUCAUCUUAUUACUCUGGCCAAGGAUAAGUUAGAGAAAUCUAUGGUGGCUGACAAUGAAUCAGGAAAGAGCAUAGCCAGUGAAGUUCGGACUAGCUCUGGCAUGUUUCUCAGAAAGGCUCAGGAUGACGUAGUCGCCAAUAUUGAGGCUAGAAUUGCUGCGUGGACCUUCCUCCCUGAAGAAAACGGGGAGGCCAUCCAAAUACUGCAUUAUGAGCAUGGUCAAAAGUAUGAACCCCAUUUUGACUAUUUUCAUGACAAGGCCAAUCAACAACUGGGCGGGCACCGUGUUGCUACUGUACUAAUAUAUUUAUCUGAUGUAACGAGGGGUGGUGAAACUGUCUUCCCCAGUUCAGAGGGUAAAAAUACUCAACCUAAGGACGAUACCUGGUCUGACUGUGCCAAAAAUGGCUAUGCAGUGAAACCUAUCAAGGGUGAUGCUUUACUGUUCUUCAGUCUUCAACUCAAUGCUACAACUGACCCGUUGAGCUUGCACGGGAGCUGCCCUGUCAUUGAGGGCGAAAAGUGGUCUGCGACCAAGUGGAUUCAUGUGAGAUCUUUCGACAAAACAUCAAAGCACGGUGAUGGUGACUGCACGGAUGAGAAUGAGAGCUGCGCAGGAUGGGCUGCCGCUGGAGAAUGUGCAAGGAAUCCACUCUAUAUGGUGGGCUCCGAUGAUGCCCCCGGGAAUUGCAGGAAGAGUUGCAGGGUCUGCUCCUCAUGAGACCGAGCCUUGGUCUCUUGCAUCUUGAUUUUGCCUAAAGAGGUGGUGAUGUGACUUAGCUAGGUUGUACAUGAUAUCGAUAACCUGAUAUUAAAAAUGCAAGAAAAGCCAAGGAAUGAAGAAGAAUUCUAAUUUACAUGGGCAGUGGAGGCAUCAGUAAACUUUUUGUUGUCGAACUUACAUACUUCAAUAUAUAUAUAUAUAUAUGUAGAAUUAGUAGA